AUGCCCAACACAACAGCGAACAAUGACACAGGAGCUACGCCUGUUCGCAACCAGAGCAGCACGAACACCGGCGGAGUCGAUGCCGCACGGCUGGCGAGGGAGCUACAGCAGCGAGGCGGGACAGCCUCAACCACCAAUGUCAAACCACCGACUCAAAAGAGGCCGAAGGGACCCACUCCGACAGGUGGAAACUAG